AUGAUACGCAGGCAGAGCGCAAAGGGUGAAUGGAUCCCCUCCGAGGGUCAGUGGCCUGUUGGCCCGCAGGAAGACGUCGACGUCGACAAGGCCCGCAUCUGGGUCGACGGCUGCUUCGACUUCAGCCAUCAUGGCCAUGCUGGUGCCAUGCUGCAGGCCCGCCAACUGGGCAGUGAGCUCCUUGUCGGCGUCCACUCCGACGAAGCCAUCCUCGAGAACAAGGGCCCCACGGUGAUGCGUCUCGACGAGCGCAUCACAGCCGUCGAAGCCUGCCGCUGGGCCACGCGUGCCAUACCCAACGCGCCCUACGUCACCUCGCUACCCUGGAUCUCCCACUACGGCUGCUGGUACGUCGUGCACGGCGACGACAUCACGUCCGACAGCAGCGGCCAAGACUGCUACCGCUAUGUCAAGGCAGCCGGGCGCUUCAAGGUCGUCAAGCGGACGCCGGGAAUCUCAACGACCGACUUGGUUGGCCGUAUGCUGCUUUGCACCAAGACACACUUCAUACAAUCGCUGGAGAAGAGGCUCGCUGGCGAGGAAGGACCUGGCGGCGAAAGUGAGCGUAAAGAGACAGGAGCGGCAAUGCUGCAGCGGAUCAAGGACUACGCGACGGACGCGACGGGUUUGGCGCCGGGGUGCGAUGUAUGGUACUGGCAUGCUUCACGGCCGGCCAAGUACCGACGCACGACACAGAGCUCGUCUGCAGAUCCCCAGCGGCCAGGCGCAGCUCGUGUCGACUCGAACCUAAACUCGCACCAUCACCCCGUCAAGGAAGAGAAGGGGAAAUUCCGCCAACUCGUAGAAGGAAAGGGCGUGCGGCCAGGCCAGAGAAUCGUAUACGCCGAUGGUGGUUGGGAUCUGUUUUCCUCAGGACACAUCGAGUUUCUGCGGAUCGUAACCCAGACAGAGGAAGAUGCCGCUAAGGAACGAGGAUGGUAUUCCGAUGAGGCCCGCCAGCAGCGCAUAGAUGAGCACGGAGGCGACUACGGCCCCCUUUUCCUCAUUGCUGGCAUUCACGACGAUGAAGUCAUCAAUCACUGGAAAGGCAUCAACUACCCCAUUAUGAACAUCUUCGAGCGCGGAUUGUGCGUUCUACAAUGCAAGUAUAUCGACGCAGUCGUCUUCGGCUCGCCGUUUUCGCUUUCAAAAGCCUUCCUGACUACCAUGCCCUACGGAACGCCUACCGCUGUUUACCACGGAAUAACAUCCUUCAUGCCUCUUACCUACGAUCCUUAUGCUCCGGCCAAACAUCUCAAGAUUUACCAAGAAAUCGCAAACCACAACUUCCAGAACGUCAAUGCCGGCGAGAUUGUACAGAGGAUCAUGAAGAGCAGGGCGGCGUACGAAGAGAGACAACGUACCAAGGGCGAGAAGGGCAUCACUGAGGAGGCAGAGAAGCGGAGACAAGAGUUGGAGAGGGAGCAGAGGAGAAAGGAAGUUGAAGGACAGUUUGGGCUAUAG